GCAUAGACUGCAAGCAGGGAGCAGGCAGGACAGACUUACAGAGAGACAGGCGAGGGUGAGGUGUGCGAGUUCUCUAAGUGCCAACCUUCUGCCAGUGCCAUCUCCUCCACACGUCUUCUCUACGCCGCCGCUCCGUGCCGUACCCAGGGCUGCCAUGCCCACAGACAUCAUGCAUGCGGUGAGGAUGCACCCCAUUGCCGAGCUGCAGCACCCCAGCCCUGCGGUGCCCCUCAGGCUGCUCACCAGGGGGCCUGACUACCUGCGGCGGCAGAUGGAAGCCCUGGGCAGCCCCCGGGCCAACCUGAGCGCAGUGGAGAGACUGGCGGCCGACAAGGCCAAGUAUGUGAAGACCCCCCAGCAGCAGCAGCAAGGUGUUUGUGUGGGGGGCAGCAGCAGUGCGGGGGGCAGCCGGGGAGACCCCAGGGGCAGCUCGGCAUCAGACAGCAGCAGCGGCAGUUCCAGGGGCAGCCAGCAGGAGGGGACAAGGGGCCAGCAGGGCACAGCGCCGGUCCGCAGGGGCAGCAGUAAGAGAUCCAACCGGCCGGACUCAUUAGUUAUCUACCGGCUGAAGAGCCGAGGCGAAGGGCAGCAGGCAGAGCCGGCCCGGGUUGGGCUAGUGAGGAGGCUCUUCCUGAAGGAAAAGCCCCCGGGCAGUGCCAUUCCAGUGCCGCCCCAGGAGCACAGCACCCCCUGCCCAUCGGAAAGGCUUUCCCCGGAGAAGGAGAAACAGGACUCCCGCUCCAGAACCGGACUGCACCGAUCCCAGUCCGACAUCAGCUCCCGCUAUUCCCGCUCCUUCUCGGACUUCGAUUCGUUCUUCCAGUACUGCGGGCUGGAGCCGGAGGUGGUGGAGGAGCUGGGCAGAGACAGGUUCAGCCCGGCCCGGGAGGAGAGGCUAGAGCUCCUGGCACAGUCCCGGAUCCGCAGUGUCAGUGUGGCCACCUCGGAGAGCGGGAUGAGCUGGAGGAGCGAAGGGGAGGGCAGCCUGGGGGGGCUACAGGAGGAUGAGCCGCUCAGCGGGCAACUCCCCGGGGCAAACAGCACCACAUCUGUCAUUGAGCGCAACGCCCGGAUCAUCAAGUGGCUGUAUGGCUGCAAGCGGGCCAAGGAGACCCGGGGAGGAUCCCCCGACCUGCCCUAAAGUGCCCACCUGUGGCAAUGAUUGCCUUACCGGUAACCCCUGGGGACCAUGAGAGUAUACUGGGCCAUAGGAGCCCCCAUUGGGCCGCUUGUGCAGGGCCUCAGAUGCGUCUGAACAACAACACUGCCAUCACUGCUGUGCCAAGGAUUGCAUCGCCACUGUGCCCAUCAUUGCACCCCAACAGCUCUUGUUUGUGUGAUGCCCAAGAGGACAGGGUGGGGUUUCAGUGGCAACACUGCCUUUACUGCUGUGCCAAGGAUUUUUAUUUCACCAAUGCCACCAUUGCAACCUGUGGCCAAGAAUGGCAGCCACCCAGACAUUCCUGUACAUCAGUGAUGUUGAAGGCUGUUGGUAAUUAUUUCUGUUAUAGUUCAGUAAUAGCCAAAAGGGGGGCAGGAUGGGCACCCACGCCCGUGUUAUGCAUCCCGUAUUAUUCAUAUUUUAAGCUACCAAGAGGGCAGGGGAACGGACAAAAAAACACCUGGACCCUUUUGGCAAUGUUGGUCAGGAACUGGAUGGUUAAAUUAUUGCAAUGCCUUCCCUUUGUUGUGCCGCAACAAUAAUGCCACCCUGACCUUGUCCACUCAUCUGUGCCAGGCUGGGUGUUAGCUGGCACCUAUAUCUGUAUUGCAGAGCCAAGCACCUGUAUAUGUCUCCUUUUAAAACAAAGACAUUGGGCUCCUGUGGAGCUGUGUCUCUAUUCACCUUGUUACAUGCUGGGAACAUUCUAGAACUCUGGAGGGGGGGGGGUUGCCCUAUAUACGCUGGAAGCUUCUGUCAGUCGUCAGGUUCUGGAACUUUACAUGCGGGUGCAUAAAACUGAUCUGUGUUCUGUAUAAGCAUUCCAAACACAGGGCCUGGGUGCUGCCGCUCUGUAGCCCACAGGCUCCUUAUCAAUAAGAACACAGUCAUGUCGUUGUCGUUUGCACUUGAACUCAACAAUGUAACACUUAUGCAGUAUGGUCGAUAUUACACCUUCAUGUUGCUAGUUAAUAUAACCCUGUGUAUUGGUAAUAUGUUAGGAAUGAAACCCUUUUUACAAGAGGCCUUGCUGUACUAAUGCCAUUUUGGAGGUACUUUGGUUUUCCAUAUGUCCCUCCUAUUCCUGCUGCUGUGUGGCAAGCUACAUAAACAUCCAUAUGUUGUUUGGAAA